AUUGAGUCGCUUUGAAUCAGUUUGAUCAAUCCAGUCUUGUAUUAAAAAACUACGUCCUUGCAAACGCUCAAUAUCACGACAUUGUCGGACUAAGCCAGUCGCCAACCAUGGAUGCCGCUCUCCUCGCCAACAUGGACCGUUGUCCAAUGUACGCCUCCUUCUUCGGGGCCCUCGGUUGCGCAUGCUCCAUCGUCUUCACCACCAUCGGCGCCGCUUACGGCACUGCAAAGUCGGCCGGCGCCAUCUUCUCCUCUGGCAUUCUUCGCCCCGACAUGCUGAUGCAGAAUACGUACGAAACAUCUGAAACUCCAUCUCGAACCGUGAUAAAUGAAUGCCCCCACCCCAAAAACAAGGCUGAUUUGAGUACUGCCCCUAGACUCUGCUCCAUCAUGGCACAGAUCCUGUCUAUCUACGGCCUCGUAGCGAGUGUCAUUAUCUCUGGCGGCAUCACGGAAAAGAUGCCCAUCUAUACUGGCUUCCUCCAGCUGGGCGCUGGUCUCGCCGUUGGCCUAUGCGGAAUGGCUGCCGGUUUCGCUAUCGGCAUCGUUGGUGAUGCUGGAGUCCGUGCAAGCUCGCAGCAGCCGCGCCUGUACGUGGGUAUGGUCCUCAUUCUUAUUUUUGCUGAAGUUCUGGGCCUGUACGGCGUCAUCGUCUCCAUCCUCAUGAUCACCCGAUCCAAGCUCGACGCCACCGUGUGCAAGUACUAA